AUGAAUCCCCGCACGCAGGAAGUACAAAGACACGAGGAUAUCGACGAAGAACUCAUUUUUGAGAAAUCGCAAGUCGAUAACGAAACUAUGGUCAAUGAAAGUGAUCCUCUCCUUGGAGAUGUGCCACCACUCCGACGCCGUGGCCUAGGCGAAUAUCUCCGUGAAGAAAUCGACACUUAUCGAGGAGACUUCCUUCUCCUCACCUGCUACAUUAUCACCGGGUUACUGGAUAGCUCUGCAGUAUUCAUCUGGGGCAGCUUUGUCUCCAUGCAGACAGGAAAUACUGUUUACUUCGGUCUCGGUCUAGUUGGCACAGAUGAUGACCGAUGGAUCAAAUCUGGUGUUUCCAUCUGUGGUUUCUGUCUUGGAUCACUAUGUUUCGCGGCAUUUCAUCGGAUAUUUUCUCCUAGACACCGCUGGGUUUUGACAGUCUCCUUCUUGAUACAACUGCUCUGUAUCACGGCUGCUGCUACGAUCGUCACCAUCUAUCGCCCUGGUCGCAAUGCGCCAUUAAGCUGGCAGGUCCUUGUACCCCUUGGUCUGGUAGCAUUCCAGAGCAGCGGACAAGCAGUAGCAAGUCGCGUCUUGAAAUAUAAUGGCCUCACAAGUGUUGUCCUGACGAGCAUCUACUGUGAUCUUUUCUCUCAUGAAGACUUCCUCUCUAUGAAAGUGUUCCAGAACACUGAGGAAAUGCGUCGACUUGGAGCUGUGAUAUGCCUCCUUCUGGGAGUCAUUUUUGGUGGCCUUUGGGCCCAUAGCUCUGUUGGAAUGAUGGGCGCCCUUUGGACAGCUGCUAGUCUCAAGGGAUUCAUGGUUUUGGCUUGGCUUGGUUGGAAGAAAAAGCAGGAGUGA